AUGCCAUUACCCAACAUCCUUCCUACACCAAAUACAUCGAGAAAACAGUCUGUACACAAUAAUAACAACCAAGCACAACAACCAUCAUCCAAGAAUGUCAAUAACACUAAUAAUACAACCAGUACAACUCCAUCCCAUAUAACCAACACCAACACCACAACCACCACUGCUACUGCUACUGCUACCACUCAACUAACCAAUCAACAAACAACAAACAUGUCAAAAUCACCACCUAAUGAUUCAAGCCUUCAUCCUUCAUCAGCAACAACGUCACAAAAGAGAGGAAAAGUUUUGGGAAUGAUAUCAAUGUUUGAAAAUUUGAAUCCUGACAAGACAAGUAAACCAACAACAACAACAAGUGAGAAAAUAGCACUUUCGAAUGCUCUUCAAGAUGAAGAAAAGAAGAAGAGAUUUAGAGCUAGAAGUAAUUCAUUUGAUUUAAAUUCUCCAUCGACAGCAUCGGUAGUAACAACCAAUUCCACAAAUAUUACCAACACUGCUAAUAUUUCUUCUCAAGUUUCGAAUAAUCAAAAAACUAAUCCACCACCUAAUAUUUUCCAUAAUAUUUCAAAGAAUAUCUAUAAUAAUAUUAAUACACAAUUAAAUACUAAUAACACUAAUAAUACCAAUGUGAAUAAUAAUACUACUCAUCACAAUACAGCAGUUAAUAAUAUUAAAGAAAAUGAAGAAGAAGAAAAGAGCCGAUUGACUAGAACACCAUCAAUGGUUCAAGGAUUAAAAGCUAGAUUUGAAAAGUUACAAUUUAGUGUAUUAGAACAACUUAAAAAAGAAGAGGAAUGGAUGCAAAAGAAAAAAGAACGUCAAUUAACUGCCAGAAGUCAUGGUGAUAAUCAUCAAAGUUCACAUAGAAGUGAUACUUCAUCAUGUGAAUCCGAAACUAAUCAUAGAAAUUCUGUAGAAUUAAGUUCUCACAAUCAAAAACACAAUGAUUCCAUGCUAAUGUAUGAUCAUGAUAUUAUUUCAACCGAUGAUGAAUAUUCAGAGGAGGAUGAACAAGAAAUUCAUCAAAUGAUGGAAACAGAGAAUGACUAUCAUCAACAUCAUUCAAUGGAUGAAAACAAGAGAAGAUCACAAGAGGAAAGAAUUCAUCAACAUGUUUUUGAUACUCUCAUGAUUUCACCUCCUCCACAAAUUGUUGCAGGAAUGGCAGCUCAAAGUAGACAAUCAUUGUUUUAUCAUGAACUGUAUGGUGAAACAGCUAGUUCUUCAACACCUUCUCCAAUGGAUGUUACAGAUCCUUCAAGUACUUCUUCAAUGAAUAAUGAUGAUUGGCUUGAAUCUCAAAUGAAUAGACAUCAAAGAUAUAACAUUUCAGAUUUGGAUUUAUUGACAGCUUAUAGACAUAAAUCUCAAUUAUAUCAAAUGCAAAAUCCAGCAAAUGUAAUGAUGAAUCCAUUCAUUCAAGAUUCUCAAGUUGUUUUAGGUAGUGAUGCUGAAGAGGAGGAUUACGCAGAAGAUGGUGGUGAAUAUCUUUCAUCUGACAAUGAUCAAACAGAUAUUGACCCAGAACAUAGAAGAUCAAGUGUAGAUAUGAUUGGUGGAGUUUUGGAUCGACAAAGUGAAGAAGAAUUCACAAGUUGGGAAAAACAAAUGGAAGAAUUUGGAAAAGCUCUCGUCAUUUGAGGAGAUCAACAACCACUUGAUGAAUCAGCCUCGAGUCAACAUAUUUUCCAAUUUAUUCAACAACAAUCACCAAUAAUUUUGUAAAGAACAUAACACAAUUUUGUAAAAUAAAGUUUAAUCCUAUCCAAUCUAAU